AUGAAGGUUCUAUUCUUAGCAUCCUUGGGAGCGUUGCUCGCGGUAUUUGCGCAAGCGCAAAAAGAUCCGCACUUUGUCGACGGACGGAACACCAUCGUUCAUUUGUUCGAAUGGAAAUGGGAUGCGAUCGCUUCAGAAUGCGAGAACUUCCUGAGCAAAAAAAAAUACGGUGGUGUGCAGAUAUCGCCAGCCGGAGAGAACUUGAUUGUCGAAGAUCCGUUCAGACCAUGGUGGGAAAGGUACCAACCGGUCAGCCACAGCCUUAACACAAGAUCUGGAGACGAAGCGGCCUUGGCUGAUAUGAUCAAGAGAUGCAACGACGUCGGUGUAAGAAUUUACGUCGACAUCUUGUUGAACGAUAUGGCCGGCCUGAGCGGAACCGGUACAGCGGGCAACACGGCCGAUCCCGCCUCCAAAUCGUACCCCGGUAUACCCUACACGAACGAGAACUUCCACGAGACCUGCGACAUUAAUUACAGCGACGCCACUUCCAUCAGAAACUGCGAACUGUCCGGGUUGAAAGAUCUCGAUCAGUCUCAAGAUUACGUGCGCCAACAAAUUAAGGACUACCUAAACCACCUGAUCAGCCUGGGUGUGGCUGGUUUCAGAGUCGACGCAGCCAAGCAUAUGUGGCCCCAAGACUUGGAAGCCAUAUUUAGCACCCUGGACGACCUCAACACCGAGCAUAACUUCGCGGAAGGUUCGAGAGCCUUCAUCUACCAAGAAGUCGUAGACACCGGCGUCGACGCAGUCAGCAACACGGAAUAUAUCGAUUUCGGCAGAGUCAUAGAGUUCAAAAAUGGGGCCGAACUCAGUCGAUGUUUCCGAGGCAGUAACCCCCUUCACUGGCUGGUCAAUUGGGGUACAGGCUGGGGCCUUAUCGAAGGAGAGCAUUCGCUCGUCAUGAUCGACAAUCACGACACCCAAAGGAACGGUGACGUGUUGAACUACAAAAAUCCGAAACCUUACAAGGCGGCCAUCGCUUUCAUGCUCGCCCAUCCAUACGAAGGGAUCACCAGAGUGAUGUCAAGCUUUGACUUCAACGGCAGCGAUGAUGGACCGCCAAACAACAGCGGAGAUCUGAAUUCGCCUCUUAACGAAGACGGUACUUGCGCUAGCGGAUGGGUGUGCGAGCACAGGUGGCGAGAAAUCUAUAACAUGGUCGAAUUCAGAAGUGUGGUAGCCGGGACGAACUACACCAAGUGGUGGGACAACGGCGACAACCAAAUAGCUUUCAGCCGGGAAGAUAAAGGAUUCGUUGUGUUUACAGUCUCCGGGGCCAUCAAUGAAGACAUUCCGACUGAUUUGCCAGCUGGCACUUACUGUGAUGUUGUGUCGGGCGAGUACCAAGAUGGCCAGUGUACCGGCAAAUCUCUUGCAGUGGAUGCGUCCGGUGUAGCUAGGGUGUCGGUCUCGUCUAACGAUGAAAACUUCGCGGUGGCAGCGUUCCAGGUUAAUGCAAGGAUGUAGAUAUAUUUGAGAUAUCGUAAAAUCCAGUUUGAAUAAAUGGUU